AUGGCGCUGCGGCCGCCUCCAGCAGUCCGGCAGGACGGACGCUCGGGCGCCUUCGGGCCGCUCCGGAGCCGCUCGGCCCGCCGGCGCUCGGCAACCUUCGGUUCUUUCCGGAGCCGCUCGCCGGCGAGGGGCGCUCGGGAAACCUCGGCUCCUUUCGGAGGCCUUCGCGGACGCACGCGCCUCGCUCCCCGUCCCGCCCCCCCGCUCGGCCCGGCGCAUCCCGUGACCCCCGCUCUCGGGAAACUUCGGCUCGCUCCGGCGGCCGCGGACGCGGGGGAGUUCGGGAAGCUUCGGACGGGCUCGGAAGAGAUAUUCCCGCCCAGUCGGGCGGCGCUCGGGACUCUUCGGAGCCUCUCGGGGAGCGGCUCGGCGGCGGCUUCGGGCGCCUUCGGCUCGGCGGCCGAGCCGCUCCGGAGAGACUUCGGCACCGCCCGGCUGUGCGGAGCGCGGCGCGUGGGGCCGCGGGGGAUCCGCUGCCCCGGCCGCAUUCAGGCUCGUAUAAAGAUUCGGCUGCGGUCAUUUGCAGGCACAGCUGCGUGAGCUGCUCCUGGAACAGCUCUCCGUGCGGGAGGAAAUUAACACUGAGAGCAAACUGACAUCUAUGGCUCCCUGCGUUCUACAGAAGUAGCCGCCUGUAAACGCAGCAGUGAGAGAACUCAAGCAUCUUUAGAUACGUUGCAUCUUUUUGCUUGUUUAGAAUGAAAAAAAAAACAAAAACAAAAAAAAACACCACCAAUAGGGGCGUUUUCACCAUGUCGCGUCCCGCAGUGCGCCCGCCGUGCGGAGCUGUCGCGUUCCGGCGCUGCCCCGCAGCUCCCGCACAGCCGAUGCCUCCCAGGGGCCGCCGCUCCGCCACUCCCGCUGGCUGUUUUUUCUCCUCCCAGGAAAAAGCAGACGCUCCGUGCCUCCCACACGACCCCACACGGGACGAUGAGGCCAACCAAACCCGCGGGUUUGGCGAGCCUGAGCGAGUGCCGUCUGCAUCCGCGCCCCUCCUCCGCCUCCACUGAACUUUUCCACCUAUCUGUUGUGCUGCCAGAUGAGCACCUGGGCACCGACAACGGUUUUUCAGCCCCACCGGCGCUUUCCUGCUUCUUUGCUGACAUCAGCGAGCCAGACGUGCUCACAACAAAGUGUGCCAGAGCUGCUGAUGUGCUUAGGAAAAGGAACAGGUCGCCCAAGGAGGCUGUGGAUGCCCCAUCCCUGGAGGCAUUCAAGGCCAGGCUGGAUGUGGCUCUGGGCAGCCUGGUGUGGUGGUUGGCGACCCUGCACAUAGCAGGGGGUUGGCACAGGAUGGUCAUUGUGGUCCUUUUCAACCCAGGCCAUUCUAGGAUUCAAAAGAAAGUGUAAGGCUUGAGGAACCAGUGGAAAUUUGGGUAUUAGUGGAAAAGGGCUGUUUUCCUGCCAGGCCCUAUACCAAUUCCCCCUCCUGCCCGGGCUCAGCCCCGCAGGGCAUGGCUGAUGCAAAACAAAACCAAUACCACCCAGGAUCAGGCAGGCCCACGGCGGGCAGUGGCACGCGAGCGGCUGAAUCACCCCGGGCCUUGCCAGCCCCAAGAUGGGCAAACAGCCGCAGCGGGCUGGGGAGCCUCAUGCAAGCUGCUGCUCACCCUCCAAGCCCCUCCUGUGCUGGGCUGUCCAUUCCAUGCAAACAGGGACAGCGGACACAAGCAGGCUGUGCACCGAGUACAACUUGCUCUGUUUAAGUGCGGAGGUACUGUGGAGCUUGCUGCGUUUUGCCACAUUUUAAGCAGGCAGCAGCUGGGGCCACAUCCAGGCCCAAAGCGUUUCUGCUCCAUCCUGCUGGUCGCAGCACGUAGCAUUGCCUCGGCUCCACCGCCCUCUGCGGGUUCAUGCCACCAUUUCCAGCAGAGCUCAGCUCAGCUGGCCUUCAGCUCUGCAGGAAAACAAGAAGGGCCUGUGAGCCAACAGCGUGCUCUGCCCUUACGUUCCUCUCCGGCCCGGAAAGAGGAACACAGAAAAAACAGCGAGGAUGCGGAGAAGAACACAGGUGGGAUGUGAGAUGCUCCCUGCUACCAGAAAGUAAAAAAUAAGUAUAAAAAAGUCAGAAGCACCUGCAGACCCAGUAAAAAGUAUUUAUUUCAGUUACAAUAAGCUCCACAUGUAGGGUGAAAAAAUAGAUACAAAAAAAAAAUCCCCCCAUGUCCCUUUUACAUAUAAAUAUUAAAAAUCCCUCUACAUCUUUGCUUUCUGUCUAGAGGUGCUGCGAGACAACACAAGGCACCUGAGCUACUGUCAGUGGUUUCUUUUCUAAACCGCCAAGAAGAGUAUUAAAAAGCCCUGGAGGACCCCGUGCCCACCUUGCCAGCUCUGCACCGGCCCCAGCCCGUCUGGGAUGGAGCAUGGGCCAUGCACAGGGGCACAGCAGCAAGCAAAGCGGCAGUGAGAACUGCCUGCGCUUGCCUGGAGCAAUACCGGGCCGGGAGGCUGCAACCAACCUCCCAUUAUGGGGAUGGGAGGGAUGCAGGGCCGCUCCUGUGGCUGCUCUCGCCAUGCUGCUUCCUGGGCUCCCUCUCCUGCAGGGACAGGCGCUGCAGGGGUGCAGUCUUUGCACUCUGUGAACCUGGGACAGGCAGAAGCGGUGCCCAAGAGCUUCACCACCACCACCCCCACCUCGCUUACAUCUUUGGCACAUCAACUUUUCCCUUUGCACACAGAAAUUAAAGCUAACCCCAGGAGCUGCAGCAUCCCAGCAGAGCCCUCCUGCGAUCCAGCCUCUAACAGGGACCCACCAACCCCAUCCCCGGGCCCUGUCCCAACGGUCCCCAUUAGCAUCCUCGGAGGACGGUCCCUCCUGGAGAUCCAUAGGCUGUGGGGCCAGCUGGCCGCAGCCCAUCUGGACUCCCCAGCUGGGAACUGUCACCACAGGGCUCUGUGCCUACAGCUGCACUGAGUAUAAAAAAUAAAAACAAUAAAUAUACCAAUCAUUUGCUUAAAAAAAAAGAAAAAGAAAAAAAAAAACUUUAAAAUGCAUUUUCCCUGAACUUUUCCAGUGUAUUCCAAAACGCAUGAAAAAAAUAUAUAUAUUUCCCCUCCACCCUCCCCCGCCCCAAAA